UUAGAUGAAAGGUUUUGUGCUAAUCGUUCUUCUACAAGUCUUUGUUUUUACAAAAGGAGGUGGCGAAAAUCCGGAAACGAAUCUAGUUCCACCAAAUACAACACAAACAACACCUUCAGAGGUUCUUAAUCAACUGGCUCAAUCUUUAACUCCAUCUCCUGAGAGGCCUAAUACUGUAAUGCCAGUACCUCCUCUAAAUACGACAGUUCAAAACGAAUUAACUAUGACAACAACACCUAUGCCUACAACAAUAACAAAUGAAGAAACAACAACUGCAAACACAACUGGAGCACCGUCAACCGAACCAACGAAAACUUCAUAUUUCAUCAUUGGCCCACCAGUUCAAGAUGUGGUAAACACCAAUACUCCAACACCUGAAGUGCCCACAACACCUGAAGUUCCCACUACAACAACAGCUCCAACCACAACAGAAGCUCCAACGACAACAGAAGCUCCAACAACCCCGACAACCCCUACAACCACUACCACAACUCUCCCCCCUCCAAGCCCCGCCCCUCAGCCUCCAUUUGCAGGAGCUUCAACUGCAACAAUGACUUGGAGUAUAAUGGCGAUUUCUUUGGCUAUGGUUUUGUUGGCUUUGAGUUAUUGAAGAAGUGUAUUGAAGCAAGGAAAGAAGGAAAGAAAGGAAGUAUGGAAGAUAUGAUAUGAUUUUACUGAGGAGGAGCCCCUCAGCCUCCAGUUGUGGGAGCAAGAACACCAACCAAAUUUUUUAUUUUUUUAAAUUUUCCCUAUUCAAAACUAUUUUUUACAAGCUUGAUUUGAU